AUGUCAGCAGACACUGGGGAUUGUAACGUAUGUCGCCAUGGAAAAAUUAACAGAUAUAACAAAUCCAACAUUAUCGCAAAACUGCUACAAAAUGGCGCUCUUUUUCUUGAAUCCAUUUCCAUUCGAGGAUGCAGUCGCAUUGUCCGCGCUCCAAAUAUGUUUAUCCGCCUGUUGUGGAUCUGUUUCCUCGUGUCCACCACCAUCUUUCUCAUUAUCUCCGUUCGUCGGAUUGUGAUGGAAUAUCUCUCAUAUUCCCUCAAUAUUGAGACAGAAGAGCAAAUGGAUGCACCAGCUGCAUUCCCUGCGGUGACAUUUUGUAAUCACCAACCCUUUUCGGAACGGGCCUACCAGCUUUGGCGCUCUGAGAGCGUACUUUCACCAUCCCAGUUUAAUCGGCUCUUACGUGACAGAGCAUUCAAGCUGAUAAACGAGAGUCGAUUGCGCAAUCAUCCAUUUCCAAUCAAUCAAGUUGCUUAUCUGUCCAUAGUGUUCGACACAAUUAAAUUGUACUAUCAAAAUUUGAAUUGGCCCCAGCAUAAACUUUUAGGUCAUCAAAGGAACGAAACAAUAUACCUUUGCCUGCUCCGUUUAUCAGGCGAACACUUAGUACUUGGCGGUCCAGGUUGUUACGAUCCGAUGGUACAUAUAACCGAACGCUCUCAUCCAUAUUUUUUCAACUGCUACACGGUCAAUAUAGACGCGGAAUAUUCUAAAGAUGUUUCUGAAUUGGGCUUAAUCAUUUGGUUAGGUCCACCAGAAAACUUUGAUGUACAGUUUAGACAAGCAUUCCUGCUAGAUAUGUUUGAACAAGCUCACGGCCUUCGAGUGGCUCUCCAUGAACCAGGUCACCUGGUCAAUUUAGAGCGUUUAGGAAUGCAAAUCGAACCUGGAAGAAUGAAUGAAAUUAACUUUGAAGUUAUUCAUAAAAAACUCACGUCUACACCCAGAAAGCCAUGUGUGCAAAACGCAAAACAAAUUUAUUCUGAUUUAGACCUGGAUUAUGACUACCAAUUUGAGAUAUGCUUGGAAGCCAAUUUACAAAAUAUCAUAAUGCAAGAAUGCUCCUGUCUUUAUGCCUAUCUCCCGAGGAUAUCAUUUCCAAACGCUGAAAUUCCCUAUUGUGGUCGACUCAUUUACGAAGGUGUCCUUGAUGAUGUUGCAUUGUCUCGGAAAAUGCAAUGUGUACAAAAGGUGGUCAAACGUUUUGCUACGUUACGUAAAGAAUUUGAAGCUAAAAAGCUAUGCCUUCACCGUUGCGAGAGCGUGGAGUAUGAUAGCCGGCUGUCAGUUACCACGUGGAGAACUACAUACUGGCAGUUGUACUGGAGUCAAGAAACCGCGGUAGCAUUGGAACAAAUUGAUCCUCAGAUGCCUUACCCCAAUGAUCCUUCUCUCGAAAAGCUGUUGAGCUACUUUCAGAACUCGAACUUGUCCGACGUUCCGGUAUACCCAGGUGUGCAAUCAAACGUCAUAAGCAGCAAAUAUGGAUUCAGUGAUCGCCACACAUAUUUGUUGAUCAAAAGAAAACGAAAUGACACACUUAUACGCAAGGAGGGUCUUGUGUUAACUUUGGACGCACUAGUCAGUCGUAUCGGAGGACUGUGCUCUCUAUAUAUCGGGAUGACUUUUGCAAUUUUCAUCGAGAUUAUUGAAUUCUUCUAUCUCGUCUAUGUCAGAAACUUUGGUGACAAUCCCAAUGCCAACCUGAACUCUCGCAAUGAGAAUCAAUCACAAGCAAUUUCAAAAGCGGAAUGUUGCAACAUGCCACACCAUACCGAGCUACCUAAUAAGAGAAAGAGGCAUAAUGGAACCACAAGUGUUAGCUCUGUCUACACUCAAGUUGAAAAUAACGCCAUUGGACUAACAUGA